AUGUCUGCUGAACCAUCAAGCUCAGCGCAGUCGGUGCACUCAAUCGCGUCGAAAGAUGUCAUAGCUCACAACAAGCACGUGGUCCACCCACCCGAGUUCACCUCAGUGGCAAUCAAGACCUACUUCAAAACCAGAAUUUCCUCGCUUUGGGUCGGAUGGGACGAGUUGAGGCAGAACGACUGGUACGAAGUCGUGAACCCUUUCCUGCCAUUAGUCGAAAUGAACAAGCACCAAUGGAAUUAUUUCCUUAUGGGAUUCGGCGCUUGGACCAUGGACGCCUUUGAUUUUUUCUGCACUACUUUGAACGUGCAGAAUUUAGCUACUAGCUUUGGCAGGACCACGUACGAUAUCACGUGGGCGAUCACUUUGGUGUUGAUGUUUAGGUCCGUUGGUGCUAUCAUCUUUGGCUUUUUUGGUGAUAGGUACGGGCGCAAGUGGCCUUACAUUGUCAAUGUAUCUUUGCUCGUUUUGAUCCAGCUUGGCACGGGGUUCGUCACGACUUAUGAACAGUUUUUAGGGGUGAGGUCCAUCUUUGGGGUGGCCAUGGGUGGUAUUUUCGGUAUAUGUUCAGCUGAAGCAUUGGCGGAUGCGCCACCUAGAGCUAGAGGUAUCUUGUCGGGUAUUUUCCAAGAAGGGUAUGCGUUUGGACACUUGUUGGCUGUUGUUUUCCAAAGAGCAUUCAUCACCACUGGUGACCGAGUUUGGAACAACAUGUUUUUCUUUUCAGCUGGUGUCUCGGUGAUUUUGGUCAUUUGGAGAUUGUGCCACCCGGAAACUGACACGUUCCAACGGCAAAAGGCAAGGUUUGACGCUGGUGCCGAGCAGAGAAACUCAAAGUUGGCCGAGUUCAGGAGCCAGGCUAAAAAGGCCAUGAAGACGUAUUGGUUAACGAUCAUUUACAUGGUUUUGAUGAUGGCUGGUUUCAACUUUUCGGCUCACGGCUCCCAGGACUUGUACCCACACUUGUUGGAAAGUCAAUACACGUACACUGCAAACCAGACAACCAUCAUCAACGUUUGCGCCAUGUUGGGUGCCAUUACAGGAGGAACAAUCAUCGGCCACGUUUCCACUUAUAUUGGCAGAAGAACGGCCAUAUUGACGGGUAAUGUCAUUGCGUGUGCCAUGAUCUACCCCUGGGCAUUCAAACCCAUGUGGGUUACUGCCUUUUUCAUGCAAUUUGGCAUUCAAGGCUCGUGGGCCGUUGUGCCAAUCCACUUGUCGGAGUUGUCGCCACCUCAAUAUAAGGCUUUUGUGGCUGGUGUAUCGUACCAGUUGGGUAAUUUGAUCAGUUCCGCUAGUGCCACGAUUGAAGCCAAACUCGAUGAAAGCAUCAAUGACUUGGCAAAGACCAUGGCCAUUUUUGUUGCUGCAAUCUUGAUCUACAUGAUAAUUGUGAUUAUUCUUGGCCCUGAGAAUAGAGGUUCGGACUUGGGUGUUGAGCGGGAUGACGAAUACGACAUUUAUGAGCACAAGGACGAAUCUCGUGCAGAUGAAGAGUCUCAACAAGCCGCUAGAAAAUCGGUUGAGUCUGACGGAGUUGAGUCUGCUGGUGAAGAGAAAAAAGUCAAGGUCACCGUGGAAGAAGUGGCUGCUGAAGAUGAAGAAAGUGUUAAAGGUGAACAAAGAGUUUAG